GGAGGGUCUAACACCUGGCCCUGGGGAUGGGCGGGGCCGGGCGCUGGCGCUGCCUAAGGAUUUCGGCCCCGGCAGAUCACUAUGGCAACUGGAAGAAGUGUGAUGAGAGCUGUCAGAGUUUCUGAAUUUGGUGGACCUGAAGUGCUUAAGCUCCUGUCAGAUGUCUUAUUGCCAAAUCCAAAAGAAAAUCAGGUCUUAAUCAAAGUCCGUGCAUGUGGUGUAAAUCCAGUGGAGACAUAUAUUCGUUCUGGUACUCAUGAAAGAAAACCAGCUUUACCUUACACUCCUGGGACAGAUGUUGCUGGAGUAAUUGAAGCUGUUGGGGCACAUGUAACUGUAUUCAAGAAAGGUGACAGGGUUUUUACUAAUGGUACCAUCUCUGGUGGCUAUGCAGAUUAUACAGUUGCUGCAGCUGACACAGUCUUCCCCUUGUCAGAUAAAUUAGACUUCAAGCAAGGUGCUGCCAUUGGAAUUCCAUAUUUCACUGCCUACCGUGCACUCUUCCAAAAAGGGCAUGCCAAACCAGGGGAAACUGUGCUAGUCCAUGGGGCAAGUGGAGGAGUUGGAAUAGCAGCAUGCCAGAUUGCCAGAGCUUAUGGUUUAAAGGUUUUAGGCACAGCUGGAACUGAAGAAGGAAUGAAUAUAGUUUUGAGAAAUGGAGCCCACAAAACGUUUAAUCACAGAGAAGCUGGUUACGUUGAUAAGAUUAAGGAAUUCAGUGGUGUGCAGGGAAUUGAUGUGAUAAUAGAAAUGCUAGCUAAUGUUAAUCUCGCCACUGAUUUACAACUACUGUCACCUGGAGGAAGGGUGAUGAUCGUGGGGAGUAGAGGUCCAAUUGAAAUAUACCCCAGGGACACUAUGAUGAAAGAAUCCAGCAUAAUAGGAGUUAGUCUGUUUUGUGCAACUAAGAAGUCGAUGCACGAAUGUCAAACAGCGCUUCUUGCUGGUGUAGAAGCUGGCUGGCUUAAACCUGUAGUUGGCCCUGAAUAUCCACUGGAAAAAGUGGCUAAGGCUCAUGAACUCCUUAUUAACAGCAGUGGUGCUUUGGGAAAGAUGGUACUCCUUAUAUGAUAAGUCAUGUAAUAAAGUUUCUUUCCACUUAUAUUGUGGCUGUUAUAAUUACACCCUUGCUUAUAUGGUUCAUUUAGCAUGGUUUACAAAGCAGUUGAUCACAGAUAUUCUGUAGUAAUAGUAAGUCUAAUUUAGACAGGGAGGAUGCCUUAAAUGAAAAUGCUUUAUUAUGUAAUGAAAAGCAGAGUGCCAGAUUUAAGCUUCCAAGUACUCUUUCCCCCUGCACCCCCCCCCCCCUCACAUUUGGCUGACCUGGAAAUUGCAUCUUUUUCCUUAUUGCGUUGGUCUUGUCACUGAUACCUGUUCUGUGCUAUCCAGGAUGGAAUAUUGUACAAUGCUGUACUUACUGCUUCCCUUGAAUACUACAGGGAAGCUUUAGCUAGUGCAGAAUGUGACUUUCAGCCUGCCUUUUAAAGUCUAGUGACGUAUAUGUGUAAGUAGGGCUCCAUGUGUUCUAUAGCCAUAAAAUAUGUUGCUAUUCACCAUCUGCCGCAGAAGUGUGCUUUAAGAUCCAAACUUUGAUUUUAAAAUCAUUAAGUUUCUGGCCCUUAUAAUUACUAAGAAUUGAAUGUAAACAGGGGCAGCAUUGUGUUCCUGAAUCUGCCUCAAACAAUAUCCUGAGAGGUGUAAUGGCCCAAAUUAUCACAAUGGGAUGAUGUCUCUGAAGCCCAGUGUCAUCAUUCAUUAUUUUACUACUGAUCUCAUUUUAGCAGAAAUAGCCAGAUAAAGCCUGAUUCCUUGCUAUUGAAAGGGAGGGCAAUGAGGAGUUCAAUCCCCUCCCUCAUUCUUUUGAAUUUAAAGUCAGUUCCUUCAUAAUGGGAGGGAAAGAGGACCUGCCUCCCUUCUGGGUGCCAAGAAUUCAAGCCGUCUUUCGCUUAUUAUCAGUCCCCUUCAUGGAUACAAAAAAUGCAGCAUAUUGAAAAUGUGACCACUCUGUAAAACAAAUGAAUGUACUAUGAAAUGAGGACCUGAAAUGAAAUGAAAUGAUUGUAUUACUCUUCAUAUCUAAUGCAAUAGAAAUCUCAAUUUUUCAAUUUGUUAAUCUGCAGCAGCAAUUUGCGUUUGCCACACCAGAGUGCUAUAGAAACCAGGGGAACUUGCAGCAGAAUCCAGGUCUAGCUUGCCUCCAUUUUGUAGUCCUGUUUGAAGGUCAUUUCUUGAAUGAAUUUAAUCUCUUUACCUUGUGGCCCAGGACAAGUACUAAUAAUCAAACAUGGCUAUUUUGAUUUAACUGCUAGUCGGUGUUCUUGGUUGGCAGUAUCAAUAAAGAGUAAACAAACUGUUA